CCGAGGAAGGAGGUGCUCAGAGCUGACACUGACAGAGCGUGCUAUAACUCAGCUGCUGAGCACACACACCCACACAAAGACACACACACACACAAACACAAACACAACUGCAACUCCAGGAGAGCAUUGGAGCACAGAGGAGGAUCUCAGCCUGAGAGGACGCACAGUUUCUGACCAUCCGACUCCCCUGCUGGGACCUCAGAAGUGACUCAGCGUCUGAGAGAAAUGCGAAUGCGAAGGGAGUGAGAGGAGUGAGAGGAGUACGACCCCCCACCCGCCCGCCCCCAAACAUCCACCAGAGGGAUCCUUUGACGUCUUCAUCUUCUGACUGAUUAUCAGUGGAAAGAGAAGGAGAGUGACGACCUCAAUCGAUCUGAAGGAGAGGGAAGGUGCACGUUUCCAAAGAUGGAGCAGAUCCCGCAGAUUUGGUACGCGCCGUACGAGCACCAGGAGGUCCACAUCGACCCGCAGAAGAAGGUGUCGGUGUCGGGCCAGCCGGAGUGCUCCAUCUGCUACAACGUCUACGACAACGUCUUCAAAGCGCCCAAGGUGCUGGAGUGCACCCACACCUUCUGCCUGGAGUGCCUGUCCCGCCUCAUGGCCGUCUCCGUGGUCCACCAGGACAGCGCCGCCGGCAGCCCCCGCCUCCUCUGCCCCUUCUGCAGGCACCCCACCACCCUGCCCGCCGAGGGGCCCCCCGCCCUGGCCACCAGCCACGAGGUGCUCUGCAAGCUCCCCAUCCACCAGCAGAGCGUGGAGCCGGUGUGGCUGGACGGCGAGAAGCUGUGCUACAAUACCACCCUGCAGGACGCCGGCUCGGGGGGCCCCGACAGCCCCACGGCCUUCUGCAUCUGCAUUGACAUUGGGGCCAGCAAGGCGGCGGAGCCCCCCGCGCAGACCAGCUCGCGGAGGUUCGGCCUGGUGAACAGACUGUCCGACUGGAAGCGGAUGGUGCUCUUCUUCGUGCUCAUGGUGCUGCUCAUCGUGGUGGUGCUGUGGCCGCUGCAGUGCGUCUUCAGCACCGGGAACAUGCACUGUAUGAGAGAUCACCCCCGGCCCGGCCCCACCACCACCACCACCACCUACAACCCUCUGUCCAGGAUGUUCCUGCUGAAGGACUGAACCUGCUGCCCCUCACUGUAAAUCUAAAACAGUAACAAUAAUCAUCGGACGUUGUGCAUUUCUGUCUUGAAAUUUCAGCCAGAACGGUUUCAGCAGAACCACAAAUAUUAAAGCUGCAGUUUCAGAAACAACCACACACUGUAAGAUUUGAAGCAUCAAUCCUCUCCACAAUCUCUUAUAAUGGAGUAAUUUAUCAUGUGAUUGAGACUGAACUGUUAGCACUAUGAUGACGUUCAAGCUGUAGAUGUAGCAGCUUUGAGUCUGUGAAGCCCGGACUGAUCCAGACGUACAGGACCUGUACAGUCAGGGUCCGAUCAGCAGCGAGAGGCGGGUGGGACGCACCCCGGUCGGGUCCAGGCCCGAUCCCCCUCCUGCUUGCCUAACUGGACUAAUCUCCUUUACACAGUGAUUAAAGCUACUCCACCAGCAGAGUGGACGAACCCUGAAUCCAAGGGAAGCUCGUGGUACGACUGACUCUGGACUCGUCUCUGCAUCGUUGCCAUAAUUACAUGAGAAUGUAGUAAAAACAUGAAGCUGUUAAAAUUUCACACGAUAAGCGACGCCUUCUGCGACUGCAGGGCCAGUGAUUCACGCCGCCGAUUCUAGCAAUGAAGAAAGCAAUGUCAGGAGCGACUACAUGUCUUAAUAACACAGAAACAUUCAUGAAUGUCAACUAUUUUUGCACUUUAAUACACGCCUGUAUGUUGGAAAUUUGUCGUCAGUGUAGUUUGAUGAACUGGGACUUGACUGGCUUCGGUCGGCCAUCGAAACGCUUUAAGAUGCGACGGGAACUUUGCCUUGCAAAUAUCAGACAGGCCGCGAAGGUCCCUCACCCCAAAGAAUGAAUGUAAUCCGUCUGUGCCAACUGAGAACUUUAUACUGUGUACAUUUGAUUGUGUGUUUUGAUAUGACUUUGUUUA